AAAACCCAACUAAAAGUCUAAAACCAACCGAAACGUCAUCGUAUAACUCUUCCCGCCCAGAAAUCACACAUCUUCAAUUUUGAAUCUCUCUCUCUCUUCUCUUUGCCUGUCUUUUCUUCUCAGUCACUCUGCUUGAAACUCGAAAAAAAUAGCAGUACAACUAAUUAAUUACUCACUUCUUUUUUAUGGCUUCAAACCCUAGGAGAGAGAGAAAAAACCCAAUUAACGAUGUUGAUGAUUUAUGGAGAGAAAUCAUAGCAGAAGAACAUUCUAAUCACCAAAAACAACCUCAAAUCGCUGUAACUUAUCAACGUCGUAAAACCAAUCAUGCUGCUCCAAUCAAACCCUCGCGAAAUGAUUCGCGUUCAACAAACAAUUUGGGUCGGGUGAGUUUCCUGGCUAUUGAUCAUAACUCGCAGCGAGUCAGUUGGAAUCGUUCUCUUUCAACCAGAGGGAGGACGAGUAUUGCGAUUUUAGCAGUAGCGGAUAACAAGGAGCAACAACAAAGGGGACCUAGGAGGAAACCUAGACCACCUCUUCCUAAAGGAAAAGUUACGCAGCCCCCAAACUUUGAGAAAGAGCGAGCUUAUUUUCAAGAAGUUGAUGCUGAUGAGUUGUUGGAAGAAAGUCCUUCACCUAAAAAAGUUGCUUGGGUUAUGGGGAUGAAAUAUGACAAUGUAGGAGUGCCUCCACUUUGCACAAGGCUAGAGAAGUGGCUGCAUGCUAAGAGGCAGCAACUAAUUGCUUCCAGUACUCUAUCGACGAUAUUAAGAACUCCUGAGGAGUCACUGCAGCCAGUUCCUUAUAACAAUGAUGGCUUUGAUUCUUCUUGUUUGAGAAAGUCGGAGGAAUUUUGUGUGCGCAAUUUAUCUGGUUCACUUUCAGUGCAAGAGGGGCAAAUGCAGUCAGAGAGGUCUCACAUAGACCUUGAGCGCCUUGAGGACAAGGACUUUGAUGAUAUAGAAUCCGAAAUCAAGAAACUCUCUUUAGCAUCGCGGCCUAGUUCGUUGGCUCAUGAUGCAUUUUUUGCACUUUUAAGUGAAUGUGGACAGUCAGGCCCUUCAACACUGCUUGAUGUGUUCUCUAACCUCUGUGACACUGGAAGUAUUGUUAAGAUAGGCGAAGGCACAUUUGGAGAGGCUUUUAUUGCCGGCAAUUCUGUUUGCAAAAUUGUUCCUAUUGAUGGAGAGCUGCGAGUUAACGGUGAAAUACAAAAGAGAUCUAUGGAAUUGCUAGAGGAAGUGAUACUAUCACGAACACUUAAUCGUUUAAGAGGCAGUGAGGUUCUUUUUGACAAUGCUACCACAACAUUCAUAGAGACAAAGGAUAUAAAGGUUUGUCAAGGUCCUUAUGAUCCUAUUCUGCUUGGAGCUUGGGAUACUUGGAAUACAGAGCAUGGCUCAGAAAAUGACGAUCCUAAGCUAUUUCCUGAGAACCAGUGCUAUGUCGUUUCAAUCCUUGAGCAUGGUGGUACUGAUCUUGAAAGCUUUGUCCUCUCAGACUUCAAUGAGGCUCAGAGUUUGUUAGUUCAGGUAACAGCUGCACUGGCUGUUGCUGAAGCUGCAUUUGAAUUUGAACACCGUGAUCUGCACUGGGGAAACAUUCUUUUGAGCAGAAAAGAGACUACUAUGUUGCAAUUUACUCUUGAAGGAAGGACAACAUGCAUAAGAACACAUGGAGUUUUGGUUUCCAUCAUAGACUUUACUCUUUCAAGGAUCAAUACAGGCAACACUAUUCUAUAUUUGAACUUAUCCUUGGAUCCUGAACUUUUCGAAGGCCCGAAAAGGGAUAAGCAAUCAGAAACAUAUCGUAAAAUGAGAGAGGUCACAGAUGACUGUUGGGACGGAAGUUUCCCGAGAACAAAUGUCUUGUGGUUGCAGUAUUUGGUGGAUGUACUCCUGGUGAAGAAAUCAUUUAAACGUUGUGGAAAAGAUGAAAGAGACUUGAGGUCCUUUAAUAAGCGAUUACACAGUUGCAAUUCUGCAAAAGAAGCACUCUCAGAUCCUUUCUUCAGUGAUCUGCUUGUUGAUCAUGCUGCUUGACGGGAAAAAGAAGCUUGAAGCAUAACUCUUAAGGGAAAAAGAAGUGUCGUUGCUUAAGGACUUUUGCCAUAAGUCAUUACCAUAUAUUUAUGGAAGGAUUUGAUGGAUGAGGGUAUGACAGUUCUCACAAUAACUCAGUGAGAAACUUGUAAAUAUUGCACCUUUUGUAAAGAUUGUACAUGCAAGUGUACUUGAUUUAUGUAGCCAACCCAUUCAGAAGUAUUAGAUUUGAUCAUCAAAGUGGAACAAGUGCGUUGUUGUGUAUUUUUUUAAUUUAUAGAAAACUUGAAGUCCUGAAAACUUAGUUAAAACCUUUAUAAAAGAUGAACUUAUUUUUUGAUCAUGAUUAA